CGUUAUACGCCGUGACGUCAUAGAAAGAUGGCUGCGCUCUGAAGAUUUCUUAUUUUAAAUUUCUGUCCGUCGCUAGUAUCCGGUUCUGAGUUUAGACUCUUGACUGUUUCCAACCAUGUUCUCCCUCCGAGGUUGUGGCCGCCGGGUUGCGGCUUUCCUCAUCAAACAGCACCUCCCCUCGGCCGGGUUCAGCGGUGAUGGCGCGGCGCCCAGGACUCCUCACUUCGACGUGGUAGUCAUUGGUGGAGGACAUGCGGGAACCGAGGCCGCCGCCGCGGCCGCUCGGUGCGGCUCCCGGACCCUGCUGCUCACACACCGAGUGGAUACGAUCGGUCAGAUGUCCUGUAAUCCUUCCUUUGGCGGCAUCGGAAAGGGGCAUUUAAUGAGGGAAGUUGAUGCCUUGGAUGGUCUGUGUUCUCGCAUCUGUGACCAGUCUGGUGUACAUUACAAAGUAUUAAACCGGCGAAAGGGACCAGCUGUUUGGGGUCUGAGAGCUCAAAUUGAUAGGAAUCUUUAUAAACAGAACAUGCAGAAAGAAAUCCUAAAUACACCACUGCUUACUGUCCAGGAGGGGGCUGUAGAAGAUCUCAUUCUCACAGAACCUGAGCCUGAGCGCACCGGGAAAUACCGUGUCUGUGGUGUUGUUUUGGUGGAUGGAAACACAGUGUAUGCAGACAGCGUGGUUCUCACUACAGGCACAUUUCUGAGAGGUGUGAUUGUCAUAGGAUUGGAGACGCAUCCAGCAGGACGUUUAGGGGAUCAGCCUUCCGUAGGGUUGGCUCAGACUCUGGAGAAGUUGGGGUUUGUGGUGGGAAGACUGAAGACUGGGACUCCACCCCGAAUUGCCAAAGAGUCCAUUAAUUUCAGCAUUCUAAACAAGCAGACACCUGAUAAUCCAUCCAUACCAUUCAGCUUUAUGAAUGAGACAGUAUGGAUUAAGCCAGAAGAUCAGCUGCCAUGUCACUUGACUCACACCAACCCUCGUGUGGAUGAGAUUGUCCUCGAGAACCUUCACCUUAACUGUCACGUUAAGGAGACUACAAGAGGACCCAGAUACUGUCCCUCCAUUGAAUCCAAGGUUUUGCGUUUUCCAAACCGUCUGCAUCAGGUUUGGUUGGAACCUGAAGGCAUGGAUUCUGACCUCAUCUACCCCCAAGGGUUAUCUGUGACACUGCCUGCUGAAUUACAAGAGAAAAUGAUCACUUGCAUCCGAGGCUUGGAGAAAGCUAAAAUGAUUCAGCCAGGCUAUGGUGUUCAGUAUGAUUAUUUAGAUCCCCGUCAGAUCACUCCAUCUCUCGAGACGCACUUGGUGCAGCGCCUCUUCUUUGCUGGACAGAUAAAUGGCACUACUGGUUAUGAGGAAGCUGCAGCUCAAGGCAUCAUGGCUGGAAUCAAUGCAAGUCUUCGGGUCAGAUGCAAGCCUCCUUUUGUCAUUAGCCGCACAGAAGGCUACAUAGGAGUUUUGAUUGACGACCUCACAACACUGGGCACCAAUGAACCUUACCGCAUGUUUACCAGCAGAGCUGAGUUCCGCUUGUCACUGCGCCCUGAUAACGCUGACAACAGGCUCACAUUCCGAGGGUAUAAGGAAGCUGGCUGUGUGUCCCAACAACGAUAUGAGAGAGCUUCUUGGAUGAAGUCUUCUUUAGAAGAAGGCAUUUCUGUGCUAAAAUCUAUUGAGUUUUCAAGUUCCAAAUGGAAAAACUUAAUCCCAGAGGCUUCUAUAAGUAUUGGUAAAAGUGUACCUCUCAGAGCUCUUGAUGUUCUGAAGUACGAGGAAGUUGACAUGAAGUCAUUGGCCAAGGCUGUUCCAGAGCCCUUGAAGAAGUACAGCAAGUGUAGAGAGCUAGCGGAAAGACUGAAAAUAGAAGCCACUUAUGAAGCAGUAUUGUUCCAUCAGCAACAAGAAAUGAAGGAAGUUCAGCGAGAUGAAGCUCUCCGACUACCAGAGGACCUAGAUUAUUUGACUCUUAGGGAUGUGUCCUUGUCCUAUGAAGUUCGAGAGAAAUUACAUUUCAGUCGGCCACAGACGAUUGGGGCUGCCAGUCGUAUCCCUGGAGUGACACCUGCUGCCAUCAUCAAUCUGCUCAGAUUUGUGAAGACCACUCAGCAGAGACAAGCAGCUAUGAAUAGAUCACCCCAAACCGAUCAACAUUUGUGUGAUACAGACAAACUUGAGAGACAGUUAUAGCUUCCUGUUCAUAGAAGACUUUUAAUGAACACAAGUGUAUAGAUAGAGGAUAAGAAGUAUUUAUACUUAGCACCUCUGAAAAUAACCCUAUUAGGAAGUUCCUGUUGUGGUGCAGUGGAAACAAAUCCAACUAGUAUCCAUAAAAAUGCAGGUUUGAUCCCUGG